AUGGCUUCAAAGUAUCCAUAUUCCCAGUCUUCUAGUUAUAUAGGACUUCUUAACAGUCAACACGAAACUGUUAACCAUGAAAACUACCCUUAUGGAAGUUUUCAUUCUAGUGUGAACCUUGGAGCAUCAGAAAUCCCCCCUUUCAGUUCCCAACAACCUGACGUGCCAGAUCAACCUGUAGUCACACCAGUGGAGCGUAGGGAGAGAAAGAAAUGGACGCCUGCUAUGGACGAGGUUCUGAUAAGUGGCUGGCUGAACACAUCUAAGGAUGUUGUUGUUGGAAACGAUCAAAAUGCACGGACCUUCUGGGAACGUGUUGAGGCAUAUUACAAAGCAAGUCCUCACGGUAGAGCGGGUGGUGUGAUGACAGAGCAUCUCCUUUGUAAGCAGAGGUGGCACAAAAUAAAUGACUUGACGAACAAGUUAUGUGGUGCAUUUGCAACAGCAGAGAGACAAAUGACUUCUGGCCAGAACGACACUGAUCUUCUUAAGUUGGCUCAUCAAAUAUUCUACUCUGAUCACAACAUGAAGUUCAACCUUGAACAUGCGUGGUGUGUGUUGAGGCAUGAACAGAAAUGGAUUAGCCUUAACACUCCUAAGCCCACCGGCACUUCAAAGAGAAAAUCUGGUGGGGAAAGUUCCCAAACUUCUCACACGAAUGUUGGUGAUAAUGAGGUUCGACCAAUAGGUAUCAAGGCUGCUAAAGAAAAAAGAAGUAAUGGUCAGGGGAAGUCUAUGGCUGAGUAUACGACCAUUUGGGAGAUGAAGAAGGAGGAUUUGACGAUGAAGGAGAAACUCUCAAAGUUGGCUAUUCUAGACACUCUUCUAGCCAAAAAAGAACCACUUAGUGAGGCUGGAGAAAUGGUUAAGUUAUCCAUGGGACUUGAUUACAGCUAUACUCAGCCUUCUGAUUCAGAGGAGUACGGUGGCAACACAGCUGACAGUGGGUACAGCGAAACAGAAGAUCUAAUUCGCCAGGACCAAGCUGAGAUUGACACCCAGCGAGCGUCGGUUCAGUACCCUCCUGAACUCGAGGUCUACCAAUGGUAA